CCUCUUAACGAGAGGAAAAGGUGACCUUAAGCAAGUUCAAGCCAAACGUCUUGCUGUCGCUGUGCAUGCGUACACCCAAAGCAGAGGACAGUAGAAAGACAAAAAAAAAAAACCUCUGUUUCUCCUCCGGCAGGGCGAGCACGCCGUGGAGGCGGAAGCGAUGCCUUCCUCCCCCUCGCCCCCCAUCGUCCUCCUCAGCGACAGCGACGACGAGGAAGCCACCGCCUCCGCCGCGCUCUUGGGGCUCGCCGCCGAGCGCAUCACAUCGUCCCUGGUCACGCAGGCGGACGUCGACGCCGUCUGCAGGAAGCAGGGCGUUCCGAGGGAGUUCGUCGCGCGCCCCGCGGGCGACCUGCGCGCGUGCAGCGCGCCGCCGCCGGGGGCCGUCUGCGUGUACGCCCACGCGCUGGAGGCCGGGGUGCGCUUCCCGCUGCACGCCUUCUUCCGCGACGCGCUCAACCACUUCGGCCUCGCCCCGGGCCAGCUCGCGCCCAACGGGUGGCGCGUCCUGGUCGGUUUCUUCGCGCUCUGCCACGAGGCCGGCGUGCGGCCGUCGGUGCCGCUGUUCCGGCACUUCUUCAAGUUGCUCACCGUCACCAGGAAGGGCGGCUGGUACUGGUUCGGCUGCAGGGCCGAGGCCGGAGUGCUCUUCGCUGGUCUGAAAUACAAGAAGUCUGACAGAGAGUGGAAAGGGGGUUUCUUCUUCCUCACGUCGCCGGAGCCAUGGCAGUGCCCCGUGCUUUGGGGCGAACCGCCGUCCAAGGGCUUCCCCGGAGAUCCGGUGCUAACAAGCCAGCAGAAGCAGUCGGCGAAAAAGCUCCUAGAAGUACACGGCGUCGCGGUCGAUCUCCGGGCUUACCUCCGUAAGGCAAAUCUUGCUGCGGCCUUCUCCUCCAACCUCUCCGGCGCAUCACCUCCGCCUUCUCCUCGUUCUACUGUUCCCAAAGGGAUGGAUCCACCUGCCCGCGAAAUGACUGACAGUAUGCCAGUGGUGAAGAUGGCGGCGCCGGCAGCAGGGACGGAGCAGGUGAAAGGCGAGGCGCACGGUGACAAGCUUCCUAUGUCCGGAAAGAAGAGGACACGGGAGGAGGUGACUGGAACAGACGGGCUUGGCUGCGCUGCCCCGGUGUCUGACCCGCAUGCCCCGCCGUCGCCGCCGACCUUUGACCCGCGGUCACCGCCCUCGCCCGUAUCCGAGACACACGACGGAGACAGCGCCGACUGGAAGGCCGCGCGGAAGGUCCUAGAGAGCAUCAUCACGCCGUCGCGGGAGCGCCAAUUAGCCGCGUCGAAGCCCUCCGACGUCGUGGCGUCGAGCUACAUAGCAAUGCUGCAGGCGGCGAACUACGCGACCUUCUCCAUGACCUGCGCGCUGGAGCUGGAUGAGAAGCUGGUGGCGCUAGAGCGCGACAACCUGGCGCUGUGGGAGCAGCUGGAGAAGGAGAAAGCGGCGAGGCAGGUCGCCGAGGCGGAGCUGGAGAGGGCAAAGCGGGCAGCUGAGGCGGAGCGAGAGCGCGCCAAGGCGACGGCGGUGCAGCAGUUCCUGGGGUCCGAGGAGUACACGCGGCGGGUGGCAGAGCAAGCGCUGCCGGCGUACUUGCGCGGCGCCGAGGAAAUGAAGCGACUCGUGCUCCGGCACUACCCGCACCUUGACGCCGGCAAGCUGGAGCUGCCGAUUGAUUAGCUCGGUCUGAUUAGUUGGAAGGAGCUUGGAGUAGUUUUUGUUGAUCUUUUGGAGUACAUGGGGAAACGGAAACUGCUCUAGAUAGCAACAUCGUGUGCAAAGUUUUUGCUGGGCGCCUGGGCCAUGAGCUAGACACGAUGCCUAUCCUAAUUUGUUGGUGGUGGAAGGUUUGUUCACGGUCGAGAUUGAUUUCAUGGACAAAUCACGCAGCCAUAUAUCACUUCUAUGAGGAAAUCGACUCAAUGAUGUUGCAUGCA